UUAUCUGUAGCACCUGCUGCUGUUUUUGGUGCUGUUAUGGAAACAAACUGACAGCUGAUGCAGACUACGUGAUCCAUGUUUUUUUACCCCCCAAGUAAUAACUGAAAACAGUAACUAAGAAAUAAAACGCAUUUACUUUGUGAGUUAUAAAAAUGAAUUCCGAACGCUUUACAUUGCCUGUGGAUGAAUAUUUGGCUCUAGAACAUGUACCCUUCUACAUUGAAGACGCACUGAGCCAACUGUUGGAGCACAAAGAAGAGUACACCCAAUUUGGCAUUGUAAGAUUUUUUGCAGAUUAUUUUAACAGCGUGCGAAAUGGAAAUCACAUCCUCUUUCGAGAAUUCAGCUUUGUCAAAGCCACUCCACACAACCGAUCCUCCUUCCUGCGCGCAUUCUGGAGGAGUUUCAGACAGAUUGGAAAGAAUGGAGAUCUUCUGACAGUGAUGGAGUACAGGUCUCUUCUUCAGCUUCUCUGUCCUGAUUUUCCUGUGGAACUUGUGCAAAAGGCAGCAAGGAUUGUGCUGAUGGAUGAUGCUAUGGACUGUCUGAUGUCAUUUCCUGAUUUUCUCUAUGCAUUCCAGAUUCAAUUUUACUAUGAGGAGUUUUUUGAAAGCAUUGCUGUGAUUUAUCAGGACCUGCUUUCUGGAAAAAGCCCCAACACUGUGAUAGUCCCGACUUCGUUCUCAGCAGAACAGGUCACCCGUCCGGCCACCAGUGAUACUGCGGCUCAGGAAGGGGUGGACUCUCCUCUGUUCUGUGGUUGCAUUGAAGCACUGUGUGACAGAUACAAAUACAGUCAUCCCCCACUGUCAUCCAUUAAAGAGAUUCUGUGCCAAGUACAGCGUGUAUCCUUCUACGGAUUCUUGAUGGCAAUUGCAAAGCAUGAGGGGAUCAACUGUGACAUUGGUUCCCUGCCAAGCAAGGCAGACCUGCUAAUAGAUCCUGAAAUGGACCGAGAGCUGGAGAAACUAAUCGCACAGAUUUCGGUGAGCCCUACCUCCAACAGCAGCAGCAGUACAGUGGGACACAAGGAACCGGUCCGGAAAGCCUCUCCGCGGAAAUCUCUCCAUCACCGCAGGAGAAUCGACAUUGAAAGUGACGGCUCCAACGAGGAGACAGACUCUUCAGAGAACUAGAAGCUUGCACCUCCAUCAGCAAAGGGCACCUUUCAGAUAUGCAUGCUGGGUGAGCUGGUGGACCAACCCACAGCCUUUCACGUCUGGACACAGGACAUGUGAACAUCUGUAUUUGGUAGCCUUUGAUCAUAAAACUGCUAUAAAUAUCAACCAUUUCAACACCAACAAGAUAACAAGAGGAUAUGAUCUUAUCCUGGAGAGGAGGCGUAGGAUACUUUCAUACUUGCAUGUUAAGGAAUAAGCAAUUAAAUUUUAGCUUAAAUCUUUUAGAGACUUGUAAAAACAAUAUGAGAAAUAACAUGGGCAAAGAUUUAAAACAUCUUUUUCCAGCUCCUUUUUUUCUCCCAGUAUAGAGCAAGAAGCAUGCAUCUCAGGGUAAUAAUGCAUGUAUGAAGACAGUAAAAACUGUGUGUUCAUUCAUACAUACAUACAUACAUACAUUAUUACCCUGAGACUUUUCUGUUGCUGUUUUCCCAAUAUAUAUAUACACAGGAAGAGGAUGUUGCACCUGUUUUCUAAACCCCACCCAUUUAAUAUAAUUUAAUUGGAGGAAGAAGAUCAGGGUUAUGGUUUACAAAAGCAUCGCAUCCCAUCUAUAAUCUAGAACAGACAUGACACAGUGCCACAAUGCUGUGUGCGUCUAUAUGUGGUUAAACUGUUUUCAGUAGUUUCAGACUUAUUUUAGACUGAGUUUAUAUAUAUAUAUAUAUAUA